CGUUGCGGUUGCCCAGCCCGUGCCGGUGCCGAGCACGACGUGAAAACGAGCGACGUAGACCAAAGCCCGCGAGACCGAGCUUAUCCAUCCGUGCCGCGGGAGAUCUCGUUUUCCUUCCGGCCGUAGAGCGAAAAUGAGCCAGGAGAACGGAGCCAACGGGCACGCCGCCGAGGAGAUGGAGGUGGAGCCAAAGCGCCGCGCGCCGCGGCUCAACGAGAGGAUCCUCUCGUCCCUGUCGCGGAGGUCCGUCGCCGCGCACCCCUGGCACGACCUCGAGAUCGGUCCUGAAGCUCCGGCCGUGUUCAACGUUGUCGUGGAGAUCACCAAGGGGAGCAAGGUGAAGUACGAGCUCGACAAGAAGACGGGGCUCAUCAAGGUCGAUCGGAUCCUGUACUCAUCCGUGGUGUACCCACACAACUACGGCUUCAUUCCCCGGACGCUCUGCGAAGACAACGACCCCAUGGAUGUCCUCGUCCUCAUGCAGGAGCCAGUUCUUCCCGGCUCCUUCCUCAGGGCCAGGGCCAUCGGCCUCAUGCCCAUGAUAGAUCAGGGAGAGAAGGACGACAAGAUCAUAGCCGUGUGCGCCGACGAUCCCGAGUACCGCCACUUCAACAAUCUCAGCGAGCUUUCUCCUCACCGCCUUCAGGAGAUCAGACGCUUCUUCGAAGACUGUAAACAAGAAGAACGAGAACAAGGAGGUGGCCGUCAACGACUUCUUGCCCGCCACCGAAGCUCGUGAUGCCAUCCAGUACUCCAUGGAUCUGUACGCGCAGUACAUUCUGCAGAGCUUGCGGCGGUAGAGCGUGCCCCAUUGUUCUCUCUACCCGCUCUUCUGCGGGCUAAUGCAAAGCACAUGUCAUCGGAACAUUUGGGACCUGAUGAACAGCCAAGUCACAUGAGUUGUCAUUCAUGUUGACCAUCUUUUCCCAGCGAUAUUUUAGAGUGUAUCUCUGUAUUAAUCGUUUGGAAAUUUGUCGUUGUUUCAUAUACGUACUCUUCUACAGUUCUUACAGAACGAACAAAUAAAAUAAGAAUCUACUAUUUUGUUGCUUGGUCGA